GGAAGGGAGGGGAUCCCUCGAGCUACGUCACCGACUCCGCCUCCCAGGUGCUUGCGCGGCGAAGAAUGGCAGUUUUGCAAUAGCAGCAGCGGCAAGCCCGGGAAAAAAGUCAUGUCCGGGCGUGACUCCGGAUUGGAGGAAGCUGAAACGGCGUCUGGCUUCUCCGAUCUGAGCGACUCCGAAUUCCUGCAAAUCGAGGAGCCAGAGGCUGGGGAUUCCGAAAAGCCAAGUUCUUCCCUCGGCCCUCCUGCAGAAUCUGAGGGUGGCGAUGUGGCGAAAGGGAGCGUGCUUGAAACAGGGAAAAGAAAGAGAUCUCAUGUGCCUCUCGAAAUCUUCCACCUGCGUUACCUUUCGGUCACGGAUAUAUCCGCACAGGUGUGGUGCGAGCAGCAAAUGGUUUAUAGGCGAGAGCUUCCGGACCUGACGCCUCCUGAAAAUAUUGUGCUGUUGAACACAGGAAAGAGCAUCCACCUUGCCAGAGAGCUGGAAGACCAUGACCUGGUGACGGUCAGCACCACAAGCCGAGAAGAUUCCUGGGCGAUAAAGGUGCUGAAUCUUCUGGUGAUGCUUUCAGUGCUGCAGGCAGGUCACCGUGUGCGAGAAUUUCCAGUGUUUGGAGUGCUGGAAGACAUCUUCGUGGUUGGGGUCAUUGAUCAGCUGGGUUAUACACCCAAAGGAGAGCUGGAGCUGAAUGAGCUGAAGACCCGGAACAAUGCCUCCAUGCCUUCGGCGGCACAGAAAAAGCGGGAUCGUUUUCAGGUCUUUCUGUAUAAGUAUCUCUUUGACGCCAUGGUGCGAGGGUGCCUGGCACCGGAUAGUUUCCUCCAGCGGCUUCACCUGAGGCCCGAACAGCCGCUUGGCCCCCAAGUCCAGGAGCAGGCCCGGAAGUCGGGUUUCACGGUGAGCUGCUUUUGCGACCUCCUGGAGCUGCUCUCCCUCAACCUGACACACUGUGACAUCCCCGCCAUCGACCGUUUGCAAAUCGAGUACGUCCACCAGGAUUCCGGCGCCGCACUUGGCACGGAGGUCUUGGCCUAUGACCAAGACGAGGUCGGAGCCGCAGUGCGGUAUUUCUUGGCCUACUGGAAAGGGCAGCGGGACUCCCGAGGGGUGGAUGUCGAGGACGCCUGGAAGUGCCGCUAUUGUGCCUACUCCGGCAUUUGCGAAUGGAGGAUGGGGAAGGCCGGCAGCCCAGCGGAGCAAUGGAAAAAGUCCAAGUGACGUUCGUAUGACCCAACCUUUGGGGACCACUUUGGAGAACGCUAGGCCACAGUCUCC